GUACCACGGUCGAAAAUUGGGCAGUAGGCUAUAUUGUCUUGUUUGAUAUUGUCCUGCAAAUCUGUUCCAGAUAUGUUGUCAAAUAAACAACAACAAAGCACAUAACCCUCAACAAAGUCUUGCGACAUGGAUUGCAAAAAUGGCUUUUAUUUCGAAUGCGCUGGCCGGAAGUGAUGACUUUUUACUGUGUGUAGCUUGACACUGGUAAAAGAAACGUCGGAACUCGAAAUGACCCACAUGUAUACAAGUUAGGCAAUAAACGUUUCUUUGUAAACGAGGUGUUAUUCGUCGGAAACUGACCGGCCUCCUGGUUUAACUCGGUGCCAAUCAUCUACCUUCAAAAACAGGCUGAAAAAACAUGCCUGAAAUAAAAGUAACACCACUGGGUGCUGGACAGGACGUCGGCCGCAGCUGCAUCCUCGUCUCCAUUGGAGGCAAAAACAUAAUGCUUGACUGUGGGAUGCACAUGGGAUACAAUGACGAUAGACGUUUCCCAGACUUUUCAUAUAUAACCCAGAACGGGCGUCUGACAGAGUUUCUGGACUGUGUGAUCAUCAGCCAUUUCCACCUGGACCACUGUGGCGCUCUGCCCUUCAUGAGUGAGAUGGUGGGCUACGACGGACCCAUCUACAUGACCCAUCCCACAAAGGCAAUCUGUCCCAUUUUGCUGGAGGACUUCCGUAAGAUCACCGUCGACAAAAAGGGAGAAACCAACUUCUUCACCUCGCAGAUGAUCAAGGACUGCAUGAAGAAAGUGGUGCCUUUGAACCUCCACCAAACUGUCCAGGUGGAUGACGAGCUGGAGAUCAAGGCGUACUAUGCAGGCCAUGUCCUGGGAGCUGCCAUGGUGCAGAUCAAAGUGGGAUCAGAGUCUGUGGUCUACACGGGAGACUAUAACAUGACACCAGACAGGCAUUUAGGUGCUGCAUGGAUCGAUAAGUGCCGUCCAGACAUUCUCAUCUCAGAGUCUACUUAUGCCACCACCAUCCGUGACUCGAAGAGAUGCAGAGAGAGGGACUUUUUGAAGAAAGUGCACGAAAGCAUAGAAAGAGGAGGAAAGGUUCUCAUUCCCGUUUUCGCCCUCGGAAGAGCACAAGAGCUCUGCAUCCUGUUGGAAACAUUUUGGGAGAGAAUGAACCUAAAAGCCCCAAUCUACUUCUCCACUGGGCUGACGGAGAAAGCGAACCAUUAUUACAAGCUGUUCAUAACAUGGACCAACCAGAAGAUUCGAAAAACCUUUGUACAGAGAAACAUGUUUGAAUUUAAGCACAUCAAGGCCUUUGAUCGCUCCUACGCCGAUAACCCUGGACCUAUGGUGGUGUUUGCAACACCAGGUAUGCUGCAUGCUGGUCAGUCUUUGCAGAUCUUCAAGAAAUGGGCUGGCAAUGAGAAGAACAUGGUAAUCAUGCCUGGGUAUUGUGUACAAGGAACAAUCGGUCACAAGAUCCUGAAUGGGCAGAGGAAACUAGAGAUGGAAGGGAGAUCAACCUUGGAUGUGAAGCUACAGGUGGAGUACAUGUCCUUCAGUGCCCAUGCAGAUGCUAAGGGCAUCAUGCAGCUCAUCCGCAUGGCAGAGCCUCGCAACAUGCUGCUGGUGCACGGCGAGGCAGUGAAGAUGGAGUUCCUCAAGGGCAAGAUUGAACAGGAGUUCAGCAUAGAUUGCCACAUGCCAGCCAACGGAGAGACAGCGACUGUGACGACAAACCCCAGCGUGCCUGUGGAUAUCUCACUCAACCUGCUCAAGAGGGAGAUGGCUCUCGGAGGGCCGCUUCCUGAUCCCAAAAGACCUCGCACCAUGCAUGGAACCCUGAUCAUGAAAGAAAACAGUCUGAAGCUGGUGUCGUCGGAGCAGGCCCUGAAGGAGCUGGGCCUCAACGAACAUCAGUUACGCUUCACCUGCCGCGUGCAGCUCCAGGACCCCCACAGCGACCCCGACACGCUCAACAGAAUCUACACACACCUCAAGAGCGUGUUAAAAGGUUACACCAUCCAGCACCUCCCCGACGGCACAGUCAUGGUGGAGUCUAUCGUCAUCAAAGUCUCCUCCUCCGCUGAAGACACCAGCACCAAGGUCCUGCUGCUUUCCUGGAGUUAUCAGGACGAGGACCUGGGCAGCUUCCUUUCAACUCUGCUGAAAAAGGGGCUUCCAUCUGGACUGUGCUGAAAUAUCUUUUUGUUCCAAAACUACAAACACACGAAGGACAAGUCCCACUAAAAAAAGACUGUCACUCAUUUGAGGCUAAACACCAUCUCAGUGCAGAGGAUUUUACAUUCUUACCUGUAUACUUUAGCACAACGUUAAGGCUGAAUUGCUCCCUUUUAUACUGUUGGGAUAGUGAUCCUCAUUCAGGCUGCUGCCCUGACUUGCCUGUUCUCUUUUCGUGAUGUUGCAGACUCUUUCAUAGACUCAUUUAUGGACUGAACUGCACAAGAUUAAGCAAAAAUAAGAUCCUCAAAUUCGGUCCCUUUUUUAUUUUGAUGUACAAAGCCAAUUCAAAUAAACACUUUUGUAGAAAAGUCUAAUUUUUUGCAAUAGUGACGUUACAUUAACGAUGAAGCGUGUAAAGAGCUCUAAUUCCAGUAUGCCUGUGCUAUUCCCCAUCAGCUCACCGCAAUGGUAUAAACACCCCUCCUCCUCCCAACUCUUCCGCACAGCCAUGUCAUCUUUAACUGCUUCCAUUUGCAGUGGCUGGUGGUGACGUAGUAAAGCACGGGGUCCAGGCAUGUGUUGAGGAUGACGAGCGCCAGUGUGAUGCGUCUGGCGUGGUAGAUGGCGUUGACCAAGGAGCAGUUCUGGAUGACCUCCAUGCGUCCGAGGAGGUGCAGCAGGUACACCACGUGGUUGGGCAGGAAGCAGAGCAGCGUUAUAGCCAGGAUGGUGUAAAUGACCCUCACGGCUUUUUGGGCCGUUUUAGUCUGUAUCAUGGAAAUGCGGCGCGCAGCCAGCGGGUAACACACCAGGAUGAUCGCGGAGGGCAGCAGGGAGCCAGCGGUCAGGCACAGCCCGCUGUACACCACCAAGCGCAAGCUCCACUCUUUCUGGGCGAAAUUCUCAAAGCAGCUGUGGCUCCCCGAUUCGUCUUUGUUGGUUUCCAGAGGUCCCAUGAGGACAAAGAUGAACAUAGCCACUAAAACUACACACCAGAGCGACACACUCACAACCAGAGAGCACCGGGGGCUCCGCAUUCUCAGAUAGGUGUGAGGGUGCACAGUGGCCAUGUAGCGAUCCACGCAGAUGCAAGUCAUGAAACAGAUGCUCAUGUAGAUGUUGGCGAAGAACAGCAUCCCGGUGACGCGGCAGGCGGCGUCCCCAAACACCCAGUCGUUCCUGUGGAGGUGGUAGUGGAUCUUAAAGGGCAGAGUGCAGAGGAUGACGAUGUCUGCCAGAGCCAGAUUGCUGAUGUACACACUGAAGCCUGUGCGGGGAUUGCAUCUGAAGGUGAAGACGAAGAAGGCAGCCAGAUUUCCUGGUAGACCUACAACCAGGGCUAAGCUGUAGACCGCCGGGAACAAGUAGUACUGGUACUCUGCCGAAGGCGUGCUGCAGUUGCCAUCGGUCGCGUUCAUCUUUGCAGAUUUGAGUGUUUUGUCAAAUGAAAGUGAGACAGCGUAGGUUGAUUCUGUCAAACGCCGCUGCAUCUGUGGCAACACAAACAAGUUUCCAUUCAGUUUUUUUCCCAACUGUUACCUAACGCCACCUUCGGAACAAACGUUUUAUUCAUUCUUGUAUUCUGCUUUUAGUUUUCACAAACGUGUUUGGUUCCCCAAGCUGACUACAUUAUUCUGUAUUGUUCAGGUUUCUGAAGAAACCAAAGGGAAAAGCUGAGGUGGACAUUUUUCACACAUGAUACAGUACACAUUUACUCACACAUUUAAUUACUACUUGACAUUGGUUCUGUAAAGAUGGCGAAGUGAAACAGAAAAGACAGGAAAACAUUGACCACAUAAAGUACCAACAAAGUUACCCUUACAGUUGCAUUCCUGAGACAACCAUGGUUUACUAGAGGAAAAUAUUUUAAACCUGACACUAAAUCAGUUUUACGAUGUUUACAGUGUUUCGCCAUGUUUUCAGCAAUUACCACUUUUCUGAAAAAUGAUUUAGAUUGGUAAAAUAUUAACACAAACUAAACCUCAAAUGUAUAUAGUCAAAAAAA